AUGGGUGUUCGUGAUUUUGAUUUUGGGUCGAUUCAUCUUCCCAACCUCAGAACUCUUCAUUUGAGAAAGGCUAUUUUUAAUAAAAGGGAGGAUUUCAACAAAAUUCUUUCUGGGUGUCCCAACCUUGUGGAUUUGUAUGCUCCAGUUCUCUUUGUAGACUACAAUUACAUUAGAGGGUAUGCAACCUUGCCCAUGUUGGAGAAAGCAUGUUUCCAUGCAUUGGAUGUUCCUUUCACUACAAUUUAUAAUGUUGAGUUUCUACGCAUAGAAUUGAUGGAACGGAGAUUCAUUGAGAAAGACCUAAACUCCCACUUCAGAGGAAUGCUCGUGUUGCGAAACUUAAUAAGCAUUGAGCUAUGCUUUUAUAUCUUUACUGGCUGGGAUGAUGUAGUGGAAUUGCUCCCUUAUUGUCCCAAGCUCCAAUCUCUUGUAAUUGAAAGGCCACAUCAUGAUUGCCAGAGAUAUAACAAAGAAAAAUGGGCAUUUACAGAGCCUGUUCCAGAAUGUUUUUCAUUACAUCUUAGAACAUGUUCUAUUCAGAACUAUCAAAGCCGGAAUGAUGAUUUUAAAUUUGUAGAAUUUAUCUUGCAGAAUGCGAGCUUUUUACAAGUGAUGACACUUCACAAUGAGCGUUAUACGAAGGAAGAUGAAAAGCAAGCGGGUUUUCAAACAUUUAUCCCAUUGUCUGAGGAUCUCUCCGGCAUGUAA